CAGCGCGUACACAGGUCGUAUCCUCAAGAUGCUCGCAAGUAACAGUCAGUAGAAGUAAUAUGGUGUUCUGCGUUAAGCGUCACAUGGAUACGAUGGUUCCACGUAUCCUGCAGCACACAAAUACCUCGUGAGGUGCGUCUUCAAGUGUGAAUUCGGUUCCGAUGAAAGUCACGAGUGAUGUGAUUGAUUAACGCAGCUCCAUCGAAGAAAGUGCGGGGAAAGAAAACGGGUGAUGAUCGGGGGAAGCAACUACAACUGAUCUUCUAAAAUGGCGAAGGGCACAACCAACUCACGCCCACACGUGGCGUGGACAAAGAUGGCAGUGGUGACCGGCACUGCGGACACGGGAGACACGGCCAAGGACACAUCAUGGGAUAUGACAGAGGUGAAGACGACGGAGACCAAGAUGGACUGCUGUACGGCCUGCUAUUAUUUCUGCUGGUACCAACAUUUUCACCGCAACGAUAUCGAUGCCCUCUACCAGCGGUACUUCCUCCACUUGAACCGGCGAAGUCUAACCGCCCUCCUGGGUGUCAUGGCGGCCGUCUGUGCCACCGCAUGUAUUGUGGACUUGGCGCUGUGCCAGAGGACACCACCCGUGGUUCGUGCGGCCGUGUUUGGCGCGUUGCUCGUCUUCUACCUUGUGCUGGUGUACGUGAGCCUGCAGACGUUCUUCAAACAACUCCACUUGUUGGUCACCAGUUAUCUGGUUUUGGUGUCCUUCGUGGCGACUGUGCUUCUGUUGGGUGUGCUUGAUCCGACUGUGAAGGAACGGGCCGUGGUGUCUGACCUGUGGUGCGCACUGUUUCUGGUGUACGUGUCUUACACGCUGGUGCCCGUGCGCAUGCAAGAGAGCAUUGUGGCGGGUGUUUUACUGGCUGGAACGUACCUUGGUUGUCAUAUGGCGCUGCAAAAAGAAUCGCUCCAUUGGAAGGAGCUAACUUGUGACGUAAUACUGCUGUUGGCUGUCAACACAAUAGGACUCUUUUCUCACUAUCCCAGCAAGGCUGCCCAGAGACAAGCAUUUCUGGAAACAAGGCAGUGCAUCGAGGCACGUCUCAGUAUACAGAAGGAGAACCAGAAGCAGGAACAGCUUUUGCUUUCAGUGCUUCCGCGUCACGUUGCUAUGGAGAUGAAAGCUGAUAUUGCCAAAAAGCCGCAGGACUCCAUGUUUCACAAAAUCUACAUUCAGCGGCACGAAAAUGUUAGCAUUCUCUUUGCCGACAUCUGUGGCUUCACAUGCUUGGCAUCUCAGUGCACGGCGGAAGAAGUUGUUCGUAUGCUGAACGAGCUUUUCGCUCGCUUCGACAAACUGGCUGCCGAGAACCAUUGCUUGCGUAUCAAGAUCCUCGGCGACUGCUACUACUGCGUAAGCGGACUUCCGGAUCCCCGCCAGGAUCAUGCCCAUUGCUGCGUUGAGAUGGGACUCGACAUGAUCGAAGCUAUAGCGCUUGUCAGGGAUGUUACCGGAGUGAAUGUAAACAUGCGUGUGGGCAUUCACACUGGCAGGGUACACUGCGGUGUACUUGGCCUCCGGAAGUGGCAGUUCGACGUGUGGUCAAACGAUGUGACGCUGGCGAAUUACAUGGAGGCAGGAGGUAUACCUGGGAGUGUCCACAUCACGAAGGAAACCUUGCAAUUCCUCGGUGACGACUACGAAGUAAUUCCAGGAAAUGGUGGAUCUAGGCAUCCUUACUUGCGGGAUCACAACAUAGAGUCGUAUUUAAUUGUUCCUAACGACAAGAAACGGAUGGCAGCGGCGGAAGCGAACGCUGGUUCGGCUGCGUUGCACAACGUAGCGAAGGAGAUCAGGAUGAUGGGACAUGCUAAUUCGAGGCGGAACAUGAACGGAGGGCGGUCGAAACUGUACGGAAACAAGAAAAAGAAAAACUCUCAAGAAGAAGUGAAUGACUAUCUUUCUCAUGCCAUAGACGCACACAGUAUUGAACAGCUGAGAGCUGAACACUGCAAGAAGCUCCUCUUAACCUUUCACAAACCAGAUGUAGAGGAGAAGUACAUGAAAGAGCCAGAUCAAAUGCUUGGUGUAUAUAUUGUAUGUGCUGAAGUCGUGCUCGUCUUCAUCUUCAUAAUACACAUGAUCAUCCUUGACCUGUCAUGGAUUAGGGUGUUUAUUCAAAUUGGUGGAAUAGCAAUUAUAAUACUGGUCAUCUGCUUCAUCUUCUGCCUUCACUUAGAUAUUUUCAAUGCUGUGAUUCCUUCCCACUGCUAUAAGCUUUCAGAGAGGCUGACGGGAAACAGAUUUCAUAGUCAAAUCAUAUCCAUUGUCAUACUGAUCAUAGUGUACAUUUGCUGCAUGGUUUCGUCGUUUCUUCCAGAGUCUGAAGACGCAUCGUCUUGCCAGUACUAUGAUGCGAAUUUUACCCUGUCGUACAAUGCAACUUGCAUACAAGCCACAUUUGUGAAUGUUCCUGAGUACCUCAUGCUGUGUAUGGUCAUGGUGCUGCUUGCUUGCGCAGCUGUCCUAGUGCUUACAACACUGGAGAAACUGAUCUUACUCCUUCUGUUUUCUGCACCUUUCUGUGUACUAGCUUUUACCUGGGACCAGGUACUCUGGAACUUUGCGAAUAGCGACACCACAGUAAUGCCCUUGAAGGCUGUGGUGAUUCUAGUGCUCGCCCUCUACAUUGUGGCACUAGUCAUCCACGGCUUUCAGACGGAGGCAACAUCCAGGCUGGACUUCCUCUGGAAACUCCAGGCGCUCGAGGAAAAGGAAGAUAUGGAGGCCCUACAGGCUUAUAACAGGAAACUUUUGGGAAAUAUUCUCCCGGCACACGUCGGCGAGUACUUUCUGAACACCGAGCAUCGAAACGAGGAUCUCUACCACGAACAGAGAGACAGCGUUGGCAUUAUGUUUGCAUCUAUACCCAAUUUUAGUGAGUUCUACAUGGAGCUAGAAGCGAAUAAUGAGGGCGUAGAAUGCCUCCGGCUCCUCAACGAAAUCAUAGCCGAUUUUGACGAGUUGUUAUCGGAAGACAAAUUCAAGUGUAUCGAAAAGAUAAAAACGACUGGCUACACCUACAUGGCUGCAUCAGGCUUGACGAUGGCCGCAGACGACGUCGCCAACAACGUUCACGUGGUAGCCCUCGCAGAAUAUGCUCUUCGUAUCAAGGAGCAGCUGCACCACGUCAAUGAGCACUCUUUCAAUCACUUUAAGAUCAGAAUAGGCCUUAAUGUUGGGCCCGUAGUCGCUGGUGUGAUUGGAGCAAAGAAGCCUCACUAUGACAUUUGGGGUAACGCUGUCAACGUAGCUAGCAGAAUGGAUUCAACUGGAGAAGUGGAGAAAAUUCAGGUUACUCAAGAGAUGUACAACAUCUUGCAGCCCAUGGGAUAUCCUUUUGAGUGUCGAGGUUACAUUUCUGUUAAGGGCAAGGGUGACAUGCUCACAUAUUUUCUCACGGGAAGAAGAGAAGUACAGACGGAAGUGUGAACAGGCGGCGUGAAGAAGUUCCACACGUGCUUCAUGGAGGAUGUUGGAAAUAAGUUGUGCUCAUCUGUAAAUAAUUCAUCAUUACUGUCACACCCUUUCUCUGAAUUAAUGAAGCCCUGAAGUAAGCUGCACGAGCCCACAGUAGUUACUAGUGCUCUGCACCAUGCAAGACUCAAGGACGUUUUAUUGAGACAAGGAUGCAGAGUGCAAAUUGUUGAAGUAAAAGAAGAUAUUCUCUGGUUUUCGAA